AUGGCUAAGCUUUUUAUGCUACCCUCUAAACCACUCAACUUCAUCUGCUUGUUCUUGCUAGCCACCACCUUCUGGUGGGCUAGUUCAGCCAGAAUUCUCGAUGACGUCACCCCGCAAUUCCCAUUCCCGGCCAACAUACAGGAUGUGGCACCAGUGGUGGCUCCCGCAGCUAUAUUACCAAGCGGACAAUUGUCUGCCACCAUAGCUGGCCCUGUUACUCCGACUAAACCAGAUGCUCAAGUUGUUGCGCCUGCAGUCGAUACUCCCGAUAUAGAGCCAUCACCGACCACCAAUCUGGCACCAGUAGCCACCGCAACACCGAUCGGAGCAGUUGGUAGUGCCUCCUCCACGACAGUUAGUGCCACACCAGCAAAUGCUAUUCCAGAAUCACCGCCCUUGUUGUCCUUCUUCAUGCACGAUAUCCUCGGUGGCUCACACCCUUCUGGGCGGGUGGUCACGGGUAUUGUGGCCAACUCUGAUGCUAAUAACCUCCCUUUCUCCAAGCCCAACAACCAAAUAUUCCCAAUCAAUGGUGGUGUCCCACUCAACACGAUCAAUGGCGUCAUCAACAACAAUAAUUUCCCCUCCCUCGUUGGCCUCAAUGGUUCACCAACCAACACCGUCUUACAAAACAGUGGCAACAACAACAUAGUAAAUGGUGGAAAUAACCAAGCCUUUGUCACUGCAGGUCAGCUUCCGGCUGGCCUUACCCUGCAACAGCUCAUGUUCGGUUCUAUAACAGUGGUCGACAAUGAGAUAACUGAAGGGCAUGAACUGGGAUCAGCAGUACUUGGAAAAGCUCAAGGAUUUUACAUGGCGAGCUCUUCGGAUGGCAGCAGCCAUACUCUCAUCCUCACAGCAUUGUUUCAAGGUCAUGAUCACGAAAUUGAUGACACCAUUAGUUUCUUUGGAGUUCACAGAACAGCUACUCCGAUCUCUCACAUUGCUAUUAUUGGUGGAACUGGAAAGUAUGAGAACGCAAAGGGGUAUGCGACCAUUGAAACACUUCCCCACGAGGAUCAGCACACAACAGAUGGACUUGAAACAAUUACACACUUCACUGUAUACCUAACUCCAUAG